CUCCAGGGACAAACAGAGAGAGAGAGAGAGAGAGAGAGAGAGAGAAAACAGUAUAAAAAGGACAGUCAUUGCAAAACAAUAAGCAAAUCAAAAUGCACAGAUCUUGAGAACUAUAAUCUGAAGUCUGGUGAAGAUUUGGAGUUGGACUUCUUUUAUUCUCAAAGUCUGAAGUUGUAAGAACAGAGUUUAAGGUUUAGGAGCGCGCGCGCACAGGGCCAUGUCGUGGUUCGGCUGGAGCGAGCCUCAGUACCGGAGCACGCGCCGCGACCCGGCGGAGGUGGUGACGGACACGCUGAUGCUCGAGCUCAACUGGCAGAUGAAGGAGGCGGAGCGGCUGCAGCGCGAGCGCGACAACGAGUACCGGCGGCUGCGCACCGGCGUGGACUACAGCUGGCUGGUGAGCGCGCCGCGCGUCGCCUACGACAUCAGCCACGGGGAGAGACUGGCGCUCGAGGACCUGUGCGGCAAAGUGCAUCCGUCCUACUGCGGAGCCGUGAUCCUCCGGUUUCGUCAGGUGCUGACAGAGAAUGAGCCCGAAGUGCAAGAGGUUUCUGGGCUUUUCCGUGCUGUUCUGCUUGAGACACUGGAGCGUAUUCAGGAGGAGAAGGAAGCACAGCGCUUGGCUCGGCAGUGGAAUAACAAGCGCUCUAUCAGCCUGUCCAUGCUUACCUUUAAAUCCCGAAUGAGGAUCAAUCCUUUCGGCAGCUCUGUGGCUCUCACCUCCAGCAGUUCUGGAUUAGAGGAAGUCCACACCAUAUCUCAGGAUGUUGAGAAAGGACACACAGCACAACGUGUGUUUAGCAUGCCUGAUUUUAGACAGAAAGGCAUUAACGGUCAUGUGUGAUCGAUGUUUGGACUCCAAAAAACACAACCUCACGAAUGGAGGUAAAUUCAUGAUAUACAGUAAUAACCACCAAACAUUAUAUAAUAGUUUUCUGCAAAUAACUUUCCAAUAAUAAAUAACAUUUUUAUUAUAUUUUCUAUAGAAAAAUAGUAACGCUAUAAAUAUUUGUUUGAUUGUAACAUACCUUCAUACUGCUAUCAUGUCACACCUGAUGAGUUUUUAAAGACUCUCGCAGCUGCUGUACCAUGUAAAUGCCAAGUUUAUGAUUUAAAUUUGGUAAUAAAAACGAAAUAUGUAACCCUUUUGGUCCUGUAACAGCUGUAGAGUUCAGUGGAUGGUGUUUUCAGAUUCUGAUUUGAAUGGCAUUUAGUAGUCUGUACCCAAAUGAACCACAAACCUGUCCUGGCUCAAAUAAUCAAUCAUACACAGACUGUAUUUUAUUUAAUCUAGAACAGAAUAUACUGUGCAUAAAUCUGAAGUUUAAUGAUUUGUCCAUGAGACAAUUCUGAUUUUUCCAAUUUGGAAAAAAGUAAGAUUUGUGCAACAUCAAUAAAUUGUUAUACUGUACUUAAGGUUUUAUAUUAAUAAACAUAUAUAUUAAAAAUGUAUUAAAUUUCAGAGAAAAGUCAAAAUAAAUAUUAAAUCUUAAAUAGAGCUACAUGCAUUUAUAAUAAUAAUUUAACAGAAAAUUAGAGUACUUAGAAGAAAAGGAUUUCUUUUAUGUAUAGUUAAUGCUAUAGCUAUCCAUGUGUGUAUAAAGAUGGACUGCCGUGCUCAAGUUGAGGAUAAGCAACCCCCGACCCUACCUCAUUAAAAUGUUGCAAUAUGGUGGAGUCAACAAAUGCUUAACAAAUGAAAUGCUUUGCCUCCAUGGAAGGCAUCUGAAAAUGUAUUAUGUAUAUUUGUCUAUGUAAAGGAUACAUUUUGCAAGCUUACAGAUUAAAUUAUGCUUUCAGGUAA